GCUGCAGAACAGGCUGCAUGGUUUGGUUUGCACUUUUGAAAAAAAGGAGAAACAGGAAACCAUAUCCUUGACAGGGAGAGUAUUUAAGAAGCUUCAGUGAAGGGCUGACAUCAUUUGACCCAGAGAAGACACAGUCUCCAGGACUCAAAGAAGGAAGCUAGAGUUUAUAAUGGUCAUGUCCCUUUCUGCUGGUUUCCAAUUUAGUUUGAACUUCCAACAAACAGAGAAAGUCCUGCGGAAGCUCACAGGAGUCUCUUGCCUGCUCCUGUUCACACUGUGCUUUUUUGCUGACCAGGAAAAUGGUGGAAAGGCUCUGGCUUCACCCCCUGGGAAAUGGCAGAAAGCUGACGUGAGGUUUGACUCAAACACAGCAUUUGAAUCACUGGUUGUGUCACCAGACAAAAAGACUGUGGAAAAUGUGGGUGUCCCGCAGGUUGUGCCAGACAAUCCAGAGAGAUUCAAUAGCAGCCCCUGUGUGCUGGGGUCUCCUGGAUUCCGAUCAGGGAGACAUUUCUUUGAAGUGAAGUAUGGGACGCAGAGGGAAUGGGCUGUUGGGUUAGCUGGGAAGUCUGUGAAGAGAAAAGGGUACCUCAGACUUGUCCCCGAAGAACUGAUUUGGCAAAGGGGCCUCUGGUGGCUUCGGCGACUGGAAACGGAUUCUGACAAGCUUCAAAAAGGCUCUGGAAAGAUUGUUGUCUUUCUGGAUUACAGUGAGGGAAAAGUGAUUUUUGACCAGGAUGGUGAAGUCACUACCGUCCAGGCCAAUUUCAAUGGGGAGGAAGUUGUACCCUUUUACUAUUUAGGGGGAGGUGUUUCACUCACAAAUCUUUAAGAAGUUACAAUUCUUAAUUAAAACAGGGGACUUCUCUCUACACAACCUUUGCAACGCCUGUUCAAGCAUUUAAUAAUCUCUGGCUUUGGGAGAAUAAUCAUGUAGAGGUAGUGCUCAACUUACAACGGUUGGUUUAGUGGCUGUUUGAAGUUACAACGGCAUUGGAAAAUAUAACUUAUCACCAUUUUUCACACUUAUGACGGUUGCAGCAUUCCCAUAGUCA